GCGCAUCACUAGUUAGCAAGCGAAAGCUUGCCAAGUUACAGGAAAUAAUAUUUCAGGAAGUAGACGCAAGUUGGAUAAACAACCCUCAUGAGACAGUUGCUAGUGAUAGUGUAAAUUUGAAUGAUAACCUACCUCUUAAAAUUAAACUGAAAUCUCUCGGUAUAUGGAUUACACCACACGAAGGUUUAAUAGGCUACUAGCAAUCUGGUGCAAAGUUCUGAAAGAACACAAUCGCGUAGGAUUUUAGACAGCUAGCUAGCUGGCUAAGACCUGAUAGCAAAGUGUUGUAAAUAAGCAAGUAAGCCACUCAAGGGGAGAUUUCUAUGCGAACGCGCUGUGGAUAGAUAUGGCUUACUUAUAGAAAGUAGUUUAGUGCCUCAUCCGAAGAUCUAAUAGGUGACUUGGGACCUGAGAAAAGUCACGUUAAGCCUGAAGGAAAUUUUUUGAGUUAGCUUCAGGAGGUACUCACCUGUGAUUCCCCAGGUACUCACCUGUGUCCCCCCCCAGGUAGUGUGCGUCUGCGUCUGGGCGCCAGGACACGGCGGGGGUCAGUCGGAGGCGGGGCUUUGAGAUGAGUCGCAUGCCCCCCCAGCAGCUGCAGACCUGCGGGCCCUGGGAGCUCAAGGAGCGGCUGGGGACCGGGGGCUUCGGCAAUGUCACGCGAUGGCAGAACAAGGACACAGAGGAGCAGAUCGCUAUUAAACAGUGCCGUCAGGAGCUGAGCGAGAAGAACAAGGAGCGAUGGUGCCUGGAGAUCCAGAUCAUGAAGAGGUUAGACCAUGAGAACGUGGUGGCAGCGAGAGAGGUCCCAGAGGGGAUGCAGAAACUGGCCACCAAUGACCUCCCACUCCUGGCCAUGGAGUACUGCCAGGGAGGAGACCUGCGCAAGUACCUGAAUUCACUGGAUAACUGCUGUGGAAUGAGAGAAGGCUCUGUUCUGAUCCUCCUGCGUGACAUAUCCUCAGCUCUUACUUACCUGCACCAGAAAAGGAUCAUUCACAGAGACCUGAAGCCUGAGAACAUCGUCCUACAGCAGGGAGAGAAGCGGUUGAUCCAUAAGAUCAUUGACCUGGGUUACGCCAAGGAGCUGGACCAGAGCAGUCUGUGCACCUCCUUUGUGGGGACCCUGCAGUACCUGGCUCCUGAGUUGCUGGAACAGCAGACCUACACUGUGACGGUGGAUUACUGGAGUUUUGGGACCCUGGUGUUCGAGUGCAUCACCGGGUUCCGCCCCUUCCUCCCAACCUGGCAACCCGUGCCCUGGCAUGCUAAAUUGAAGCAGAAGGCGGAGGAUGACAUCGUUGUGUCUGAAGACCUUUCGGGGGAGGUCCAGUUCUCCAAACACCUGCCUCAACCCAACAACCUCAACAAGUUCUUGGCGGAGAAGCUGGAACGCUGGCUGCAGUUGAUGCUGAGGUGGUCCUCACAGGAGAGGGGCAAAGACGCGGAGUUCGGCCCCAACGGCUGCUUCAAAGCCCUGGACAAAAUCCUGGGGCUCAAGCUGGUACAUGUGCUGAACAUGGUCUCUGCUGAGAUCUUCAUCUACCCAGUGCAGGAAGGCGAGUUUGUGGCCGCCCUGCAGGAGCGAAUCGCAUUGGACACCCACAUCCCCCCGGCCAAUCAGGAGCUGCUGCUGGAGGCUGGCCUGGCCCUGGAGCCCAAGAGUGAGGCAACCCAGUGCGCAGUGGAUUACAGUACGAUAGAUGGGCGGCGGACAGACCUCCCGCUGGUCUUCCUGUUCGACCGCGGCUGCCCCAACUACGAGCCACAGUUCAGCCCACGGAUCCUGCCUGAGAACAUCCGCUUCAUCCAGAUGGACCCUAAACGGGUGCUGCACUACAGCCCCCUGCGGCGCACCUGGGGCCAGGCCUGGCAUACCAUCCGCACGCUGAAGGAGGACUGGCAGAGACUGCAGCAGGGCCAGAAAGCGGCACUGAUGAGCUUGCUUCGCCACAACAGUUCUCUGUAUAAGCAGAAGAACGAGAUGGCCGCCAUGCACCACUGCCUCCGCGCGAAGCUGGACUUCUUCAGCACCAGCCUGCACAUCGACAUGGACAAGUACCAGGAGCAGAGGACCACUGGCAUCGCCUCGGAGAAGAUGCUGAGUGUGUGGAGGGAGAUGGAGCAGACGGCCAACAGCUGUUUCCAGACUAACGAAGUGACAGAUCUGGAUGAGGAGAUGAUGGCCCUGCAGACAGACAUUGUGGAUCUGCAGAGACAACCGUGGCGAUGUGGAGAGACUCUGGACACACUUGAGGGAAAGGCCAUGGAGCUGUUUCGCAAACUGAGAGAGAAGCCCAGAGACCAGCGCAGUCCAGGGGACAGUCAGGAGAUCAUGCGGCUGGUGCUUCAGGCCGUGCAGUUCUACGAGAAGAAGCUACGCGACUUCUACACACACCUGAGUAAGACGGUGGCGUGCCGCCAGCGGGUGAUGGAGCUGCUGCCGCGGGUGGAGGGCGUGGUCAGCAGGAUGGCGCAGAGCGAGCAGAUCCUGAUGAGCCUGCAGGAGAGGAGGCAGAAAGAGCUGUGGAACCUUCUCAGAGUAGCCUGUAGCAAGGUACGCAGUCCCGUCAGCGGCAGUCCUGAUGGGGGGCGCACCCCCACCUCCGUCCCACAGCUGCUCUCCUCUCAACCCCCCCACUCCGCCAGCCUGGAGCAGCAGUGCCCCCCCCGAGAGGACUCCCUGCUGGUGAUCGAGGAGAGCCGGGUCUUUGAAAGCCGUCUGCAGAGUCUGGUCCAGGACGCCAUACAGGAGGCGGAGAGAGACAUGCAGCUUUUCAGGGAUAUGCAGUGGAUAGAAGAACAGGACCUUUCCUGAUGGAGGCGGUUUCCCCUUCAAAGAGACGGUUAUUCUCAACAGAGAAUCCUCAAGGCCACCAACUGUUACUAUGUUGCCCCCAAGUGGACGAAGUAGUGAACUGCAAGCGGGCACAGAAUCAUAACACAGGCCAUUUUGAAGACAAUUCUUUUAGGGAUAUAGUACUCACUGCAAGCCAAGUAUAGCAGCAGUAGUCUUGCACCUCACGUCACACUUUUAAUGUCAACUGUCUCCAGUUGGCUUCAUGUAAAUACUGCCGAAUGUGUAAUCGAUGUCACCCCCAAUCAGUAACUGUCACUCACGCGAAGGAUUUGGGAUACAGACAGGAAUUCCUUUACUAGACCCUUCAAGGUUUUCGGUUUAAGCGCACAAAAAAAAAACCCCCACCGGAUUACAUCUGCAUUCACCACUACUUUACCGAAAUACAGGGUCCAUCUUGUUUAAUACGUUGGGAGUGUCAUCAGCAUCACGUGACUCUAAAUUCCCAUAUCUCCAGCGUUUGUGUAAGCGCUGCUACAGGUAGGUUACUGUGUUAGAUAGUAUGACGUCUCUGGCAGAGGGGCUCUUCUGCAGGGCCUUCCCGCCUAUUUCAGCACUGUGAGAGAUGUGAUUACUCCAUCAAUGAGAUGUCUUUU